GUGAAAUACAAAUUUUUGUUAUUUACAUACAAAAUCACUGGUAAAAAAAAAACAAUAACAACAAUAGGCCAUAACAUCAACGCAUUGCAACAUGUCGGAAGUACGCAUAAAACCUAGACAAGUUUUGGUAUUGAUAAUUGUAUUCCUGGUGGUGUUAUUAAUGGUGCACCGCAAUGGCAAAAGAACUUGCCAAGGACCAGCCUAUCUACAGGCCAUGUAUAAUAAAAUGCAAGAUGAGGAAUUGCCCACCAUCUAUUGUAUAACACCCACAUAUGCCAGGCCUCAACAAAAGGCUGAACUAACAAGAUUAUCACACAUAUUCAUGCUGGUGCCUAAUUUACACUGGGUUUUAGUGGAAGACUCUGAAACCACCACUGAACUAGUAAGAAAUUUGUUAGAAAGAGCCGGUUUGACACAAAGAGCCACCCAACUGAAUACCAAAACACCGGCUGCCUUUAAACUCAAACACAAUGAUCCCAAUUGGAUAAAACCGCGUGGAGUGGAGCAAAGAAAUUUAGCCUUAUCUUGGGUACGCACCAAUGGCAAUCCGGACAAGCACAGCAUAGUGUUUUUCAUGGAUGAUGACAAUUCCUAUAGUGUAGAACUAUUUGCUGAAAUGAGUAAAUUGGAGAGAGGUAAAGUGGGUGUAUGGCCGGUGGGUUUAGUGGGCGGUCUAAUGGUAGAGAAACCUUUACUUAAUGAAGCAACCAAAGAAGUGAUAGGCUUUAAUGCCGCUUGGCGUCCUGAAAGACCCUUCCCCCUAGAUAUGGCUGGUUUUGCCAUAAGCACUGAUUUAUUUUUCAAAUAUCCUCAGGCCACCUUUAGCUAUGAAGUGCAACGUGGCUAUCAGGAAAGUGAAAUCUUAAGACAUCUAACAACACGUUCGGAACUGCAGCCUUUGGCUAAUAACUGCCAGGAGGUAUUAGUGUGGCAUACAAGAACGGAAAAAACGAAAUUGACAAAUGAAGAGGCACUCAACAAGCUGGGCAAACGUUCGGAUGAGGGCAUGGAAGUGUAGAAAACAAAUGAAAUUUAAGAAAAUAUCAGAACAAAUUUUGAACAGAGUUCAAAAUGAAUCAAUAUAUUUCAACAUUCUUUAUAGUAGCAGACAGAAUUGAAGAAAACUAUUUCAAAAAUACUUCGGCUUUGAAUAAUUUGGCUGUUAAAGUUGAAAAUUUUAUAAUUUUUGAUUUCACACUAUUCUUUUUGAGUAUAAUUUUUUCUUUUUCCCUUAUUAUUUACGGAUUAUUUAGGCUUAAUUUAUGUUCAUUUGUUUGUGUAGCGAAUUUAUUAGCAAUUUUUAUUUAUUUUGUUUUUUUAAUUUCCUUUAAUUUAAAUAAAAACUUUCUAAAUGAUUUCAAAACCAGAAAACUGAAAUUUUUAAAACUUUCAAUAACUAAUAGACUAUUCAAUAACAAUAAACUAUUACGAAUUAUUAAAAAUGUUCACAGAAAAAUUGUUUAAUUCGUAACAGGCCAAUUUUGAAUUAAAAAUUUCUUAACUCUAAAAUAAGAAUUUCAUAAACAAAUUCAAAAUUAUAAAAUAAAUUUAAUUUUUAAUUAAAUAUCAGAAUUUUCCAUAAGAAUUGAAAAUGUUCCAUUAAAA